UGGAAAUCUUAGCAAGCAUCUCACGAUCCGUGCCCCAGAUUUUCGGUUCUAAACUUGACAUCAAAGAGUACGUAUUCUCUCUCGUUUGCGAGAAGUGUCUCUUGUGCAGGCUCCCAUUUUCGUCACACUCACUUAGAUUUAGUACCCGAACCAGACCUCCUCUUUUCUCCACUUCUACAACUCCGAGAACUACCUAAGUAAAUGAAAGAAAAAGCUUACAAGUAAGAGUAACUUACUGCUUUCUGCUAACUCUUGAUUAGCACUCAAUAACCAGAAUCAAAAUGACGGGUUUCUUCGAGCAGCGAUUGCUUCCGAUAACGAGCAGUGCUCUGGAACAGGAAGCGCCGGCCCCAACGACAACCAUAAUCGAACGGUUGUGCGAAUAUCAACGCGACAUCCAGGACUUAGAGCGCAAAGUGAACCGCUGCAAUCAGAUUUUGAGUUAUGGAUGGCAAUGCUCUGGAUUUGAAGGUCAGUCACGCGUCGAGCCCCUUCAUGAUUGAACUUAAAACUUAAUAAAGGUGCUUGUUCUCGUUCUACUUGCAAAGAGAAAGACAACUUAAAGAUCGUGACACUUCCACCAUUCUUGAUUCUUGUCCUGGUACUUGCUUCGUGUUCGUUCUCUAACUCAAGCGACCCCAGAUUGCUGUACGAGACCGCAAGCCAUGGAUUGAUCGAGCUCUUAGUAGUGGAAAUACCUUGCUAGGCAACAAAUCACGGCAGAGUGUCGGGAAAGAAGCGAAGCGCUCGUCGCUUGGAGGCGUGGCGAGGGUACUCCCCAUUACAUUAGAGGCGAAUUAUAGCAUUAGAUAGUACACGACUAUUCGUCUUAACGAUUUUGGAAUCCUAUUCAAGUAUAUGAUGAUGUGUCCUAUGAUGUUUAUCCUAUCGCUAUCCAACAUAACAACGCUCGUCCUGCUCCCACUCACAGCGUUCUUCCCGCAAGAGUCGUGCGUCUGCUGCUCGUGGAUCAAAGAGAAAGUCCUCAGCUGUUCGGUUUUCUGCUGGUGAUGUGCCGGAGGUUCCGGACGUUCCCCCUCUAGGAUUCGCUUCCGGUCGAAUUUCAGUACGCGUUUUCCGUUUGAAGAAAAUGAAAUACAGCGAUGUUGGGAAAUGCGACUAUUUGAUCCGUGUCGGCUAUCAAGGUCAUGAAGAAACCUUCGUGGAAACGACGGCAAAACCAAGUGAAGAUGGUACAACGUCAGCUGCAAAUUAUAAUUGACUCCACUGUGCGGUAAGGAAUACAUUCAUGACUUCAGUACUGCUCGAUAGACCUAGUCCUAGACCUACUACUUAAUACAAGUUUUCACUCAAUAUUAGAUAGAAGUACAACUACAAUCUGAUUCUGACUCGUGAAGGUCGAAUGAUUAUGACUUGUUCAUGAAAUUUAUUGUUGACUUCUUCUUCGUCCUCCUCUCCAACACAGGUGUCAGCUGUAUCAUUCAGCAGCAACUCUUUCUCGACCAGUAUCCUGGACGCGAGCUUAUAGCAGAGGUUUACACAAUGCCCCACGACACUGGUGGAGUGGCUCGUGCAUCCGUCGGUAGUUUUGGUGCACCUGCAUCCAGCACAGAGGUGGAACGAAGUUUGAUUGGGAGGACGGCUGGAACCGAUUGCACAGAAGCAGACUUUAAGGAGUAUGCUGUUAUGGAAGCGUCCUCCUCCUCAGGUGAUGGAAUGGGAAGUGCUGCAAGUAGAUCUUCGACUGUCAGCACCAGCAUUGGCUCAAUCGUGUUUGCAGUCAAAGUUGCGGAUACGAAACGAUCCUCGACUUUAGACGCAGGUGGACGUGGCAGUAUGCGCCUUAGUUCGAUGGGCGGACCGGUCUUGCGAGUUGAGAAAGUCACCGACGUACCGAAGAGCUACAUUGUGAAGGACAGACCUAUGUGCGUCAAAGUCGGCUAUCAAGAUCAAGACUUUGCAGACUUCAAAUUGCAGACGCUGGAGAAGGUACAAGAUUAAUAUAGCUACCUGUUGCUGCUCUUGCUUGUUUUUAGUGGGAGUAAGCUAGAACAGCUGACUUACUUCUUAGAUAGCACGAUCGACCACAUUUCUUGUUUCACCGAACAAAUUCUAAAUCCUUGACCCAACAUUACAUCUUGAUCCUUGACCUUGACCCAACAUCACACCGACACCAACAUUGCACAGCCCCCGAAGAUGGGUAAGACUGCUCGUGAUCCUGUUUCAGCGGGUUUCCAACAGUCAAUCCAGCUCGACCCAGUAGGAAUAAUGGCUGGCGAUGCCUUGAAAGUGGCCUUGUGUCAGGGUCCGAAGGUCAUUUCUGCGGCUAAGAUCGCGAAGCCCAGGACGGAUUUGAAAGCCUUAGCCCACUCGAAGAAAGGCACCGGCGAUCAUCAUUCGGUUCAUUAUGGCUGUUGGAUUUUGGAAGUGGGAGGAUGAAUGUAAUUGUCAUACUGGUGGAUAUAAGUAAUAUCUAGUUCUUGGUGUAGUUGUACUUUUUUGUAGUUCUGAUAUUAUAAAAAACUCAUUAGUUAUCGUUUGUUGUCGGACUCCUCACAACUAGGCUUUGCGCUUCCUCUGCUUUUCCUCGGACCGCUUCAGGAACUGUUUCAUCUCGCUGAUGGUUGAGAAUAACCCUCUCCUGAGAUGCAGCACACAUGACAUACUCAUGCACUGGUGUUCUCAUGUAGCACAACAGUCGUCGAGUCAUUGUUUCAUCCCGCCUCCACCCUGUCAUCCUUCUCUAAUCCUCAUUGUGGAAAACCGACGGAAGUGGAGAUAGCACAAACACACGAUGCGGAAGUGUAUUACUACGCCUGGAUCUGGUGCCGCCAAAGAAGGAGGACGACAAGAAAAAGAAGAAGGAAGAAGAGGAGAGUAACGAGGAGGAAGGAAGCAUUACGGCCAGAAAAUUUUAAUGAUAAUUUUACAUAAAAUAAGAUAGUGCCAGUGGGAUCUUAAAUUUCUCAUAUUUACAGUGAGAUUAUUUUUCAUGCUUGAUUUUUUCUCUGUGUGCAUUGAGCUCAUUUGCAUUUGAAUUUGAUUAAAAGGUGAUAAAAACAAAAUUUCUUGGAUUUUGUAUAGAAGAAAUUUUCAUAGAGGAUGAUGAAUUCACUCGUAGUAGCCAAUAUCUUCAACGGAGGAGAUAGAAGUGAACUCAAAUUUUUCGAUUAUACGAUUUCAAUUUUUGAAUUGUUCGAAAGCUGGAUAAAAUCAAAAAUUUAUGAUUUCAAAUUCUUUUUCGUUUCUCUAACUCAAGCAAGAAAUCAGGGUCCUCAUCGUCGUCUGGAACCAGCAGCAGCAAGGAUAGCUCAAAUACGAGCAGCUCGAACAGCAGCAGCAAUGACAGUAGCGACGACUCAGAUGGCGACGAAGAUGAAGAGGAGGAAGAGAACUCAAGCGAAAUGAGCCUUGCUGUGCCGGUGCCUCGGAAGAAGAAGUAGUGCAAUAGUGGGUUUAUUAGGUGUUGAGCGCCGCAAGCGCAACAUCGUGAAGUUCGAAACUGAGAUGAUGGUAGUAAAAGAACUACCACUUGUUCAUCUAGUUCUUCUAGUAUCUUUGUUCUGACAGUGACUGUUCUUCUCGUCAUGAAUAUUGUGAGCUUACUGUUCUUGCUUAAAUGUAGAAAUUUCAAGCACCGGCAGGUGAGGACCAUUUUCGCCUUGUUCCUGUUAUUGUCCCCCCUUGCCCUUGCUCUUCUGCUGGUGCAUCCCUCCGCGUAGCGCCCCAAAACAGUGGCAGAGUGAAUCUGCAUCUACUCCGCUCCACAGAAUCCAACCUACAAUGAUCAAACCAAGAACAGAAAUAUGUGAGAGAAAAAACUUUAAGUAAAAAGAUGACUAUAUUUUGACUCCGAUGUAGUCGUUGGUAAAAAAAAGAUGAGGCGGCCUUCAAGGUGAAGAUCAUCAAG